AUGGUGGACGUGGACGUGGACAUGGACAUGGACGUGGACAAGGACGUGGACGUGGAGGUGGACGUGGACGUGGAGAACUUGGACGUGGACAUGGACGUGGACGUGGACGUGGACGUGGAGGACUUGGACGUGGACAUGGACGUGGACGUGGACGUGGACGUGGACGUGGACGUGGACAUUGACGUGGACGUGGACACGGACGUGGACGUGGACGUGGACGUGGACGUGGACGUGGACCUGGUCGUGGACGUGGACGUGGACGUGGACAUGGACGUGGACGUGGACGUGGAGGACUUGGACUUGGACGUGGACGUGGACGUGGACGUUGACGUGGAUGUGGACAUGGACGUGGACGUGGACAUGGACGUGGACGUGGACGUGAACAUGGACGUGGACAUGUACGAGGACAUCGACGUGGACGUGGACGUGGAGAACUUGGACGUGGACAUGGACGUGGACGUGGACGAAGACAUUGUCGUGGACGUGGACGUGGACGUGGACGUGGACGUGGACGUAGACGUGGACGUGGACGUGGACGUGGACAUGGUCGUGGACGUGGACAUGGACAUGGACGUGGACAUGGUCAUGGACGUGGACAUGGUCAUGGACGUGGACGUGGACAUGGACGUGGACGUGGACGUGGACGUGGACAUGGUCGUGGACGUGGACGUGGACGUGGACGUGGAGAUGGACGUGGACGUGGACGUGGACGUGGACGUGGAGAUGGACGUGGACGUGGACGUGGACGUGGACGUGGACGUGGACAUGGACGUGGACCUGGACGUGGACGUGGACUUGGUCGUGGACGUGGACGUGGACGUGGACGUGGACUUGGAUGUGGACGUGACGUGGACGGACGCGGACGUGGACGCGGACGCGGACGCGGACGCGGACGGGGACGCGGACGCGGACGCGGACGUGGACGGGGACGUGGACGCGGACGUGGACGUGGACGUGGACAUGGACAUGGACAUGGACGUGGACAUGGACGUGGACGUGGACAUGGACGUGGACAUGGACGUGGACAUGGACAUGGACGUGGACAUGGACGUGGACGAGGACGUGGACGUGGACGAGGGCGUGGACGUGGACAUGGACGUGGACAUGGACGUGGACGUGGAGAUGGACGUGGACAUGGACGUGGAGGACUUGGACGUGGAGAUAGGCGUGGACGUGGACGUGGACGUGGACGUGGACAUGGACGUGGACAUGGACAUGGACGUGGACGUGGACGUGGACGUGGACAUGGACGUGGACAUGUACGUGGACGUCGACGUGGACGUGGACGUGGACGUGGAGAACUUGGACGUGGACAUGGACGUGGACGGUGACGUGGACAUGGACGUGGACAUGGACGUGGACAUGGACGUGGACGUGGACGUGGACAUGGACGUGGACGUGGACGUGGACGUGAACGUGGACAUGGACGUGGACAUGGACGUGGACGUGGGCGUGGACGUGGACGUGGACGUGGACAUGGACGUGGACGUGGAGAUGGACGUGGACAUGGACGUGGAGGACUUGGACGUGGAGAUAGGCGUGGACGUGGACGUGGACGUGGACAUGGACGUGGAUAUGGACAUGGACGUGGACGUGGACGUGGACAUGGGCGUUGGACACGUGGACGUGGACGUGGACAUGGACGUGGUCGUGGACGUGGACGUGGACAUGGACGUGGACGUGGACAUGGACGUGGACGUGGACGUGGACAUGGACGUGGACGUGGAUGUGGACGUGGACGUGGACAUGGACGUGGACGUGGACGUAGACAAGGACGUGGACUUGACCAGGCAAGCUCCUGGACCAGGCAAGCUCCUUGACCAGGAUAGCUCCUGGACUAGGCAAGCUCCUGGACCAGGCACACUCUUGGACCAUGCAAGCUCCUAG